AUGCGUACAAUCGUGAGUUCACCUCAACUGAAUAUUGAAUUGGAAAUGAGAAGACUUAACCAGAAAAAACAAUUCACCAAAACACUUGAUCUCUUCGACAAGCAUCAAAAUCAUGGAACAUUAACAGAUAGAAUCAUUGUUCAAGCACUCAAAGCCUGUACUCAAUUAGGUUCUCUUGAACGGGGUCAAAACAUUCACAAAAAGCUCUCAAGUCAACUUAAAAAUGACAUCUAUGUUCAAACGUCACUUAUACAUUUCUAUAUGCAAUGUGGUCGAGUGAACGAUGCUCAACGUGUUUUCGAUUCAUGUGUCAAUAAAAACAUGGUUCACUAUGGUGCGAUGAUGAAAGGUUUUAUACGAAAUAACAUGCCUGAAAAAGCAAUCGAGACGUUCAAAAAUGCGGAUGACCAAGAUGAAAUUGUUCUCGGUCUUCUGUUUAACAGCUGUGCUCAAGUUCGAACUGCUGAAGCAUUAGAUUUUGGCAAACGAGUAUGGUCUUCGACGUCAGAUAUUCAUCGUAAGCACGAGUACACUGUGGUCACUGCCUUUGAUAUGUUCAUCAAGUGUGGUGACAUUUCAAAUGCAGAGCAAGUAUUCGAUCGAAUGAAACGGAUUGUAAUUACUUAUGGACAAAUGAUGAAAUGUUAUAAUGAUCAUGAUAUGCCUAUGAAAACUAUCAAUCUCUAUGAAAAAAUGAAGAAUGAGAAGAUUGCAGCGAAUUCAGUUAUUUUUCUUCUGGUGAUCAGUGCGUGUGCUGAACUAGGACUGGAAUCUCGUUGUCGAUUGAUUGCAAGUCAAAUUCCGUCUUCGAUGUUAUCUGAUCCGGACCUUCAAACUACCUUAAUUCAUAUGUGGGGCAAAGUAGCAUGUGUAAAGGAAGCUAAACAAAUCUUUGACCAAAUCGAUACACCUAAUUGUGCCCUGUAUACUUCUAUGAUUAAUGCAUAUGGGCUGAAUGGAAUGGGCUAUGAUGCAGUUCAGCUGUAUCAUCGAAUGCCAGCAGAAAUGAAGAAUGAAAAAACACAUGUCUGUGCGUUGAAUGCUUGUUCACAUUCAGGUCUUGUUAACGAAUGCCGUUCAAUUUUUGCAAAAAUUCCAACCAAAAGCAAUUAUAUUUAUACAGCGAUGAUAGAUUGUUUGAGUCGUUCGUUUUUCUUCGAUGAAGCAAAACAGUUGAUCGAAGAGUUUGAGCGGCAUCAGCCCCCUUAUCUACUUAUGUACAUGUCCGUGCUGUCCGGUGCACGCAAUCGAAACGAUGUUUCCCUUGCACGACAAAUCACUCAACGAAUCAGACAACUGGGCCAUGUUGACAACGAUAGCUUCGCAUCGGCUUCAGUGCUUUUCACAAAUAUCUUAGCAUCGUCAGGUGACUUGGAAGAAGCAUCACAGCUAAGGUUUGAAAUGGAGCAAUCAGGUAUUAGGAAAAAAGUGGGUUUAUCUUGGACGGAAGUCAACGGUGAAAUUGUGGAGUUUCGUGUCAAAGAUCGAACCCAUCCACGAACAGAAGAAAUCUACGAUGAACUUCAUCGAAUCGAAAAAGAACUCAUUGAACACGGCCACAAAUUCGAUUCAAGUUGGAUAACGCGUGAAAUGAUGGCCGGUGAAACUGUCGCAUCCAUUCUCAACAGCCACAGUGAAAGGUUGGCACUUGCAUAUAAUUUUAUUCAGCGACCAGUUCCACCGCGAAUUCAAAUUGUGAAGAAUCUUCGCAUUUGUGGUGAUUGUCAUGCUGCAAUCAAGCUGAUCAGUCGAAUUCGUCGAUGUGAAAUUGUCAUUCGUGAUGCGAAUCGUAUUCAUCAUUUCUCAGAUGGAAAAUGUUCAUGUAAUGAUCAUUUCUAA